CAAUACCAGAAACGAUUUUGCAAUAAACUGGAAGCAUAGCAACCUUCAGAUUCAUACCAGACCAAACAGAAAACAAACUUCCCGAAGAAAAUGUCUCUCUCUCACAGUGACACCAUACCUCUCCACCCCUCCUCUCAAUCCGAUAUCGACGAGAUCGAAAACCUUAUCCACGCCAGCGUCCAAUCCGCCCAAUCCACCGUACUCCCGGCCAGGCCACCCAGUCCGACCCUGCCCGCCACGAUCCCUGUCUCCUCAGCUCCGUCCACUCCUUUCAUCAAUUCAAACCUCCCUCCGUUUCCUCUCUCAUCCAAUCAGAAGGUGCCAUCUGUCCCAGCCGCGUCUCCGUCCCCGCCUCCGCCUCCGCUCCCGCCGUCCACGAACCCUACCAGUUCUCGUUCGAAUAUCGGGGCUAGCGGCUUCGGGCCUGCUCCGAACACGUUGACGGAGCCGGUUUGGGACACGGUGAAGAGAGAUCUGUCGCGAAUUGUGAGUAAUUUGAAACUGGUUGUCUUUCCAAAUCCAUAUAGGGAAGAUCCGGGAAAGGCGCUGAGAGAUUGGGAUCUGUGGGGCCCCUUCUUCUUUAUAGUGUUUUUAGGGCUCACUCUCUCGUGGUCAGCUUCUGUCAAGAAGUCUGAGGUAUUUGCAGUUGCAUUUGCGCUACUUGCGGCUGGUGCUGUGAUAUUGACAUUGAAUGUGCUGCUAUUGGGUGGGCACAUAAUUUUUUUCCAAAGUCUGAGUCUUCUGGGUUAUUGUCUAUUCCCACUUGAUGUUGGAGCCUUGAUCUGUAUGUUGAAGGACAAUGUGAUUGUGAAAGUGGUUGUGGUGUGUGUGACAUUGGCUUGGAGCUCAUGGGCUGCCUAUCCUUUCAUGAGUUCAGCUGUGAACCCCAGGAGAAAAGCCCUUGCGCUUUACCCUGUCUUCCUCAUGUAUGUCUCUGUUGGUUUUCUCAUCAUCGCUAUUGAUUAACAAAAUUUUGCAGCCCAUUACAGGACAUUUCCAUAUGUAAUUGAGCAUAACUACCCCCACAAUACCACUGCAUUUUUUCUGCUUAUUUAGCAACUUAUACAUACUUGUGGCAGAGUGAGGGAGGCAGGUGGUAAGAUAUGUUUAACAAGAAAAAGAAAAGGAAGAAAAGUUGUGAUAUUGGACAUGUGAACUUGUAACAUCAAAUAAUGAAAAAAAGGUGGUGUGUAUGGGGUGUUAUUUAGUCAAAUAAGAAAUAGACACACGCCUGACCUGACAAGUAAUUCUUCCAUAUUUUUCAGUACGUGCACUUGAACUCCACAGUCUCCAGCAUUUCAUAUUUUUAUUAUUAAUUAUUAAUCAAUUACAAUUUUUAGUUGUCAUCCA